AUGUGGCGGGACCGGACCAACCUCUUCAUAUCCUACCGCCAGUCGUAUGCGCACCACCCCCAGAAGAAGACGCGGUAUGGCGGACCGGGCUCCAAUGGCUUCGGCGACGACAGGCGCAUGCCCGAGGAGCGCCAAGGGCUCAUGUCCGCCGGUGCCUACGACGACGACGGCGAUGCCGUCAUUGAGAUGGACCUGCUGCCUCCGCGAUGGCUCGACGUGCAGGACGAAAUCACCGAACAGCUCGCCCAGAUUGCGAAGCAGACACGCAAGCUCGAUCAGCUGCACCAGAAGCACGUGCUUCCCGGCUUCGACGACGAAGACGUCAAGAAGCGCGAGGAGCGCGAGAUUGAGCUGCUCACGCAGGACAUCACAAAGAACUUUGUCAGAUGCCAGUCGGCCAUCAAGCGCAUAGACACAAUGGUGCGCGAGGCAAAGCAGCAGGGCAACAUCAACCAGGGCGGCGAGGAGACCAUGGCCAAGAACUUGAAGAUAUCCCUAGCUUCGCGCGUCAGCGAAGUGAGCGCAAUGUUCCGCAAGAAGCAGUCGGCAUAUCUGAAGAAAAUCCGCGAUCUCGGUGGCUUCGCCUCGCCCUUCCGCUCCGCAACACCCGUCCAGAAUCCCUACAACGACCCGGCCAUGCAGGAAUCAGACGCGGACCGCUCUUUCUCGCAGGCCACGCUCCUACAAGCCAAGCAGCAGCGCCAGCGACACGACCCCAACGAAUCUCUCAUUGCCCAGCGCGAGCACGAGAUCGAACAGAUCGCACAAGGAAUCAUCGAGCUUGCAGGCAUCUUCCAGGAGCUGCAGAACAUGGUCAUUGACCAGGGCACUAUGCUCGAUCGCAUUGACUACAACGUCGAGCGGGUCAACAGGGACGUGAAAGAGGCGGACAAGGAGCUCAAGGUGGCUUCAGGAUACCAGAAGCGGAGCAUCAAGAGGAAGAUCAUGUUGCUCUUGGCCAUUCUGAUCGCCGGAGUCUUCAUCCUCCUGUCGCUGAAGCUUAGUCACUCGGCGCGCGUCGACCUCUCCAAGAACAAGUCGCAGCUGGCACCGACGGAAGAGAAGGCUAUGGGAUGCACCGGGAGACGAUCCGCCAUAUUUUCGAGGUAUUGUUCAAUUAUAGCCUACUUACUAAUAAAGUCUUACCAUACAUGUAUUCUUACGUGUCUCUCGAUACUGUGCCGCUGA